UCUGUUUCUCUCUCCACUUCUCUACCUUUCAACAUCUCCGUUACCUUUUCAUUUACUUAUUUUUUAAGUUUAUCUUUAAUGUGUCAAACUCAAAAGAAAGUGAGAAUGUGCUCAUAAUCGUUCCAUUACCGCCUGUAUCUCUCUCAAUCCCACGUGCUGAACCGCCAUUUGGAUCGUUGAAAGAUUUCCCAGUUUCAAUUCAGUCUCCAGCCGUUCAAUCCUCGAGCAAUUUCAGAAAGACAAGUCACUGUUAUAGGUUCCCAUGUUUUGUUGGAAGAAAGCUGAACAAAGCGUAUAUUCAGUGACUAUUGUUGCAUUCUCGUCAUCCCAGAGCAAGCCCUUGUGCUAAUAAUUUUUGGAAUUUGGAAAUUGGCCAUGACCAUUUAGUUCAAGAUUUGUUGAAUGUGUUGCAUGAGACUGUGAAUGUUUCAUGAAGGAUCAGAGAUAUAGCACCAAUGGCUUAUUUUCGUAAAGAUAUUGACCCUGCAUUGCAGGGUGCAGGAGCAAAAGCGUAUCCAUAAACUUGGUUCCUUUAAACCAUUAGCCACAAUACAGUUAGUUAAAGUAUUUUCAGAGUGCUUUCUGGUCAACAUCAGUUUUUCUCUUGCACACCCUCAGGUUUCUAGAGUUUGAUGCAGAAAAGGCCAACUAUCUAACUCGCCUCUUAUAAAGCUUGAGGAUUUGAAAAAAAGAAUAAAAAUAUAGAGUGUCAACCAAAUUUUUAAAACAACUUGUUUCAGUACUUAUUCAGUCAUAGUUAUUUUGUAAAGAUACCAAAAGAAAUUUUGUUGGUGCAACUAAAUCCAGAACUUAAAAUGAAUUGGUUCGUUUUUAUGUCAAGUAAAAUAUUUUAAUGAAGUAAGCAAUUAAAGCAACUGAUCAUUUAUCUUAGAUCCAGAUACCAGAUGGUUGCUUUUAUUCCUGCUGAAAAAGCACUAAUUGGCUUAGAAAUCUGGUGCGUAGAGAACCUCCAUUUGGUUCCUGUCCCAAAGUCUUCACAUGGGAAAUUCUUCUGUGGAAGUGCAUAUAUAGUUUUGCAUACUGUUUCACUCAGAAGUGGCUCUUUUGAACAUGAUAUCCACUAUUGGCUUGGAAAUGAUGCCAAAGAGGUUGACUCUGCCCUUGUGUCAGACAAAGCACUUGAGUUGGAUGAUGCACUGGGGUCUCAUGCUGUGCAAUAUAGAGAAGUACAAGGUGAAGAAACUGAGAAGUUCUUGUCAUACUUCAAACCCUGUAUCAUCCCAAUAGAAGGAACUUUUUCUUCAGGACCAGAGAAUCUCAAUAGUGAAACAUACCAAGUCAGCUUGUUAACAUGCAAAGGAGACCGUGUUGUCUAUGUUAAAGAGGUGCCUUUUACUAGAACCUCCUUGAACCACAAUGAUGUAUUCAUACUUGACACUGCAUCAAAAAUUUUCCUUUUCAGUGGUUGCAAUUCUAGCAUACAAGGGAGAGCUAAGGCAUUGGAAGUUGUUCAGUAUAUCAAAGAGAAUAAACAUGGGGGUAACUGUGAGGUUGCAGCUAUAGAUGAUGGGAAGCUUGUUGGGGAUCCUGAUGUUGGGGAAUUCUGGAGCUUGUUUGGCGGUUAUGCUCCUAUUCCUCGUGACUCACCCUCUGCUACCCAGAAAGAACCUGAUCUUUCAACUGUAAAAUUGUUUUGGAUAACUACUCAGGGAAAAUUUAGUGAAAGUGAGACUGACAAUUUGAAGAAAGAAAUACUUAGCUCAAACAAGUGCUAUAUGUUGGAUUCUGAUUCUGAGAUUUUUGUUUGGAUGGGAAGAACUACCUCGAUCACAGAACGGAAAACUGCAAUUGCAUCUGUAGAAGAGUUCGUUAGAUCUCAAGGAAGAUCAGUCAGUACCCAUUUAACUUUCUUAACUGAAGGAUCGGAAACUGCCUCAUUUAGGUCCUAUUUUGAUAACUGGCCUCAAACAGUUGAACCAAAGCUGUAUGAAGAUGGUCGUGGGAAAGUAGCAGCAAUGUUUAAGCAACAUGGUUAUGAUGUCAAAGAGCUACCUGAAGAAGACUGCCAGCCAUAUAUAGAUUGCAAUGGCACUUUAAAGGUUUGGCGGGUAGAUGACAAUGGAGUACUACUACUUCCUGUUGAGGAGCAGAGAAAGCUUUACAGUGGGGACUGCUACAUUGUGCAGUAUGUGUAUUCUAGCAAUGACAGGGAGGAGAAUUUAUUCUAUGGAUGGCUUGGUUGCAGUAGCACAAUGGAAAGUAAGGCAGGUGCUAUCUCCCAUAUGAACCUCAUUGCCACCUCAAUUAAGGGGAAUCCAGUUGUGGCCCAAAUUACCGAGGGGAGGGAACCAGUACAGUUUUUCUUUAUUUUUCAGACAUUGAUUAUUUUUAAGGGAGGUAAGAGUGCACAAUUCAAGCUGUCUAUAGCAGAUAAAGGUAUCCCUGAUGAAACUUAUGAUGAGACAAGGACAGCUCUUUUUCGAGUUCAAGGAAAGAGUUUGGACAACAUGCAAGCAAUCCAAGUUGAUCUUGCUUCAACCUCUCUUAAUUCAUCCUAUUGCUACAUCCUCAAGACAGAGACAUCUGUCUUCACUUGGGCUGGAAAUCUUUCAUCAGCUAGAGAUCAUGAUCUUGUGGACAGAAUGCUGGAUUUGAUUCAUCCAACAUGGCAACCUAUAUUAGUGAGGGAAGGUAGUGAACCAGACCUAUUUUGGCAUGCACUGGGUGGAAAGGGGGAAUAUCCGAGGGAAAAAGAGAUUGACAUAUUCAUAGAAGAUCCUCAUUUGUUUACAUGUGCCCUUACUGAAGGUGAUUUCAAGGUGAAAGAGAUAUUCAAUUUCUCCCAGGAUGAUUUAACUACUGAAGAUGUGGUAGUACUGGACUGCCGUAGUGAAAUUUAUGUAUGGAUAGGACACCACUCAAAUAUUGGAUCAAAACAAGAGGCCAUUAGUAUUGGUUUGAAGUUCCUGGAGAUGGACAUCCUGGUUGAAGGCCUUACCUUGGAGAUACCCAUAUAUGUUGUUACAGAAGGCUAUGAACCACCAUUCUUUACUCGAUUCUUUGAAUGGGAUCCCUCAAAGGCCAAUAUGCUUGGCAAUUCCUUUGAGCGAAAGCUUGCUAUUUUGAAGGGACAAGCGCAGAAAAUAGAAGCACCUUUACGCAGUGCAUGGAAAGCAUACUCUAUUGAUACUAACCCAGACAGUGUGAGAAGCCAGUCUGUUGGCCCCAAUGAACGGGCUAGAAGUUCAUCACCCGCAUCCAGCAUUUUAGGCUCAAGCUCUAAGUCUUCAGAUUAUCGUCGAUUUUCUAGCCCACCUGCCAUUACCAAAAAGCUUUUUUCUGGAUAUUCUUCUGACCUUGUUGAAGCUGCGAAUGGAUUGAGUGCUCCUUCUGGAAACAAAGGUAUGCAGCGGGUUCAUCAACCUCAGGAAUGCAUAACCUAUCCAUAUGAACGACUGAAAGUGGUGUCAAGUGAUCCGGUAACAGGCAUAGAUGUGACCAAAAGAGAGGCAUACUUGUCGGAUGAAGAGUUCCAGGAGACAUUUAAAAUGACAAGAGGAGCUUUCUAUGAUCUUCCCAGAUGGAGACAGAACAAGCUUAAGAUGUCUGUUCAUCUCUUCUAGGGUGCGACAACUAAACGGUUCAAGCUGUCGACUAAUCUGGUUUACUACUGACUGUUCACCAAUGCUUGGGACUGAAUCUGGCCUGUGGAAUGCUCUGUUAUCAUGCCUCUGCUUCUUAUUGUAAGCUUGACUUGCUUUCUUAUUCUUGAUCAGGGUUAUGUGCUGGGUGAAGGAACACUUGGUUGAGUGCUUAUUUGGCGGAAUUUAUUUAACAUCUACCAUAGUUGCCGAGUUUCA